GAGAGAACAGAGACGGAGCAUCACUGCAGGGAACAGACUCUACCUCACCACAGUGUCUUUGAGAGAAAACUACAGCAGCAGCAGCAGGAUGACUCUAGCAGCUUACAAAGAGAAGAUGCGACAGCUCCCCCUGGUGUCCGUCUUCUGCUCCUGCAUCCUGCCUGAACCCAGAGACGCCACGGUCGACAAGAAGGAAGCAGGUGUGGUGGACUUGAACCUGUGCAACAUCCGGGACAUGGAGGUGAUCGAGCUGAGCAAGCGGGCGAGCGGUCAGGCCUUCGAGGUCAUCCUGAAGCCGCCCACCUUCGACGGCGGCCCCGAACUCAGGGCCACCACGCCACCUCGCCAAAAACCCUCACUGGAGGAGAUCCAGAAGAAACUGGACGCCGCUCAGGAGAGGAGGAAGUGUCAGGAGGCGGAGCUGCUGAAGCACCUGGCUGAGAGGAGGGAGCACGAGCGGGAAGUUGCUCAGAAAGCUCUGACCAAAGAGCGCCAGGAGCACCGCGCCGACGCCGACAAGGAACAGAGGCAGAUGCACCUGAACGCCUCACAGGAGCAGCUGCAGGAGGAGGACAAGCACAGUGUGGAGGUGUCUUGAUGGCCUGAUCACAACACAAGCUGAACUUUAUUUGGAAGCCAUUUUGGAGGAUUGACAAGCUGAGUGUUGAUAUGCCGGGAGCCCGGCGCUGCUCCGACUGGGAGACUUGACAGGAAGAGACUCUGAAAAGAGUGAGAGAAGAAGAAGAAGAAAAAGAGGAGGAGGAGGACUGAGGGCGAGUUCGAGCGCUCGACCUCCUCUGAACAACCAGGACUCUUUUUAACGAGAUAAACUGACGGACGCUGCAGAUUCAGUCAUCAUUAGAUGGUUCACAGGGGUUUUACUGUGCUUUGUUGCCAUGCCAACAGUGCCAAUGUGUUCAUGUGUGUGUGACUGUGUGUCAAGGAUUCAACGCCUUCACAAGUCUUAGAAGUUGUGCCCAACCCAACCAAACCUGACCCGACAGAACCUGGACUGAAACCCAAACAAGGAACUUUUACCCGAAUGGAUCAAAGUCCUCAGAAGACCAGAUCCACCUGCCAGGAGAGUUCAGCAAGAGGAGUCUGGAUAUAGUUAAACAGCUCCAUCUGGUGGACAGUUAACAUCAUUGCAUUUACUGUAAAACAGCAGGAAGAGAAAGGUUUGAUCAGAGGCUGACGCCUAAUGGCAGCUGUAGGAAAGUACAGGAAGUCAGCAGGUGAGCCACUUUCUCACAGGGUUGUAGUCCAGACCACCGAAGUCCAGUCUGAGAUGAGGCGAGCAGUUCUGACAUCAAGUCAAGAACAAGACCAGUAAAGGCAAAAAACAAACGAUUUAGAAAGGAAAGUCCGGUUGAGCACGUCCACCAAACUGAGACAGAUCAGAUCCAGAGAACCAACAAAACCGAGACAAUCUGAGUCAGCACGCUCACAAGAUCGAGACGAGUCAAAACAUAGAAAACAAAGAGACUGCUUUCACUUAAAACAAAGAACAAUGACAAGAGACAAGUUCAGAUUGAAACGCUGAAGAAACCCCAGACAAGUCCGAGUCUAAACGUCCACAAAUCCGGUUCACCUGCCCAAGACGAGUCAAAGCACAGGUGAUACUGAGACGCAUUCAAAUGAACUUUCUCCAGGCCGAGACAAAUUAAAGUUCAGAACAGCCACAAAAUAGAGUCAGAGUCAAACACUCAUGAGACUGAGACAAGUAAUAAAUGAUUAAAAAAAACCUUUGAGAUCCUUAUUGAGAUUUCACAUCCCAGUUUUUAUUUUUCAGAUUCUAUAUUUGGAUUUGUCUCAUACUUCUUCAUAUUAAGACAAUGUACUACAAUGAGCAUGCUAGCAUCUAUGCUAUCACUUGAAGCUACAUUUCUGUAUAGACGAGUUACAAACAGCUCAUGUGGCUAAUGGCUAACAUUAGCUACAUCACAGGUUACUUACCUGUCCAAUAACCAUCAUACUGACCCCCCCCCCGCUGAUAUAAAUGAGCGAAUUUAAUUGAUGAACAACUGAUAAUCGAUUGUGUACAGUGUUUACAGCUGCAGUGGUGUGUUUCUGUGUGUGUGUGUGUGUGUGUGUGUGUGUGUGUGAGUGUGUUUCCCUGGCAAUGUUAUUGUAAAGGAGUCAGGGAGUGAUGGUGAUGAUGAUGAUGAUGA